AAGAGGAAAACAAAUAAUGUCAAGGCUUCACGUUGAUCAACUUGACCAAUUAAGGAAUAUAUUUUCAAGAUUUGACAUGGACAAUGAUGGUAGCCUUACUCAUUUAGAGUUCGCCGCACUAUUACGUUCAUUAGGGUUAAAGCCCAAUGGGGACCAAAUCCAUGUUCUAUUAGCCAAAAUGGAUUCUAAUGGAAAUGGGUCUGUGGAAUUUGAUGAACUUGUCAAUGCAAUUACGCCUGAUUUUAUUAAUGGAGAAGUUUUGGUAAAUAAGGGACAGCUUUUGGAAGUUUUUCGAUCGUUUGAUCGCGAUGGAAAUGGGUACAUUACGUUGGCGAAGCUGGCAGGAUCAAUGGCUAAAAUGGGUCAGCCAUUGUCGUAUCGCGAACUAACUGAGAUGAUCAAAGAGGCUGAUGUUGAUGGAGAUGGUGUUAUUAGUUUUAAUGAAUUUGCAACUGUAAUGGCUAGGUCUGCCGCAGAAUUUCUUGGAGUUCCUAUUUUAUAGU